AUGUCAUCCUCAUCUCAAAAGAGCCCGUUUAACGGCUCAGUCUCCUAUGGCUACGAAAGUGAAACGACCUUGCUGCCUAUCAUCCCUAUAUUAAUUGAAGCUAAUGGCCGAACCUGGACCGGUUAUGGAUUGCUGGAUCCGGGAAGCCAAAUCUCAAUGAUAACCAACGCGCUUGCAAACGAAUUUGGACUUCAAGGCGAGAAGGGAAUUUCAAGAAUCGUAACGUAUCACGGCCGCGACACAACCGCAAAUACAACAAAGGUGUCUUUCACAAUCUCUUCUUUGGACAAAAGCAGUUCCUUCGAAAUCCCGAACUGUUACUCCGUUCCCGUCUUAAGAAUCAGAAACGAAAACGUUGACCUAAAGAAGUUGGUUAAGGAUUGGCCUCAUCUAGCCGGAUUGAAAGUUCCCACCCAAAAUUCCGUGGACGUUAACGUGUUGAUCGGCUCGUGUGAUAUGGCGCCGCAAGAGGUCCUGGAAAUCAAAAGAGAUCCGUUGAACGAGCGGGCCCCGCGAGGACUACGAACAGCCUUUGGAUGGUGUAUAGCUGGACCGAUCUCCCCAGCCGCCGUUGCACAACUGCAGUGCAACUCGCUCUCAUUAGCGCCCCCACCCGACCAAGAUCUUGUGAAUGCAAUUGAUCGCUUUCUACUCACCGAGACUUACGAAGACCGAGUAGGUGUCAAGGUGCCGAUAAGCGAUGAAGAAUUACGCGCGAACAAGAUCCUAAACGAAACGACGAAAUUCGUAGGCGAUCGAUACAAGUCGGGACUUCUCUCGAAACACGAAGAGCCGAACAUGCCCGACAACAGCCAGUCUACACUAGCGCGCUUUCUCAAGCUAGAACGAAGACUCAUCGCCGACGAAAACCUUGGUAAAAGGUACUCCGCAGCAAUCAACGAGUAUAUCAGCCUUGGUCACGCCCGAAAACUCUCAGCUGAGGAGGUUAACUAUCGUCCAGCUGGCCGAACCUGGUUUCUGCCUCACCAUCCGGUGAUAAAUCCGAAGAAACCUGAAAAAAGCCGCCCGGUCUUUGAUGCCUCCGCGUACUACAAGGGAAUGUCGCUGAACUCUGCCCUGCUGAAAGGACCCGACCUGCUAACCAACCUCAUUGGUGUGCUGAUACGUUUCCGACAACAUCCGAUAGCGUUGAGCGCGGAUAUUGUUAAAAUGUUCCACCAAGUAAGGGUGCGGCCAAAAGACGGGCCGACACUUCGCUUCUUCUAUCGUGACCCGGGUAUACAGGAACCACCCUCCGUUUACCAAAUGAACGUGCAACUCUUCGGCGCAGUUUGCUCUCCGGCAAUUUGUGCUCACGUUCUACGUCAAGCAGCCGAAGACGGCGGGAUUGAUGCCGCCGACGUUACCAACCAAAUAAUCGACCAUUUUUACGUGGAUAAUUGGUUGACAUCAUUCCCAACUGCCAAAGAAGCUAUUCAGCACGCAAAAAGGGUGGCAGACGUUCUACUUCGAGGAGGAUUCGAGCUCGCCCAAUGGGGUUCAUCAUGUCCAAAAGUUCUGUUGUCGUUGCCUGGCAAUCCAGUCUCAUCCAUCGAUUUAGCCCUACACGGAAUGCCCAUAGAGCGGACGCUGGGGCUCUCACUCGACUACGGCAGCGAUUCGUUUGUGGUGAGCGCAAGCAUAAAACUGGAUGGAGCGACGAAACGAGAAAUACUUCGAGAAACGUCAAGCGUCUACGACCCAUUUGGGUUUCUUUCACCGGUAUUGCUACAUGCAAAACUUAUCCUGCAAGCUGUAUGCAGAAAAUCGGUUGGCUGGGACGAUCAACUAGACCAGACGUCCGUCGAUGAGUGGCAACAUUGGGCCGUCUCCCUCUCGAAGCUAAAACCGCUCUCCGUCUCACGAUGUUUUAACCCAGAGCUACCAAAAGCGCGAGGUGUGGGACUUCAUCUGUUUGCUGACGCAUCGGAAUCGGCAUUUGGUGCCAUCGCCUAUCUCCGAUUUGACAAUCCCGACGGCGUAAAGGUGUCAUUUGUCAUGGCCAAGGCAAGAGUGGCACCCAUCAAAUACGUUUCGAUUCCCAGACUUGAGCUGUGUGCAGCAUUACUCGCCGCCCGUCUAGCAUCAGUGAUCAAGUCAGAACUCCGACUAAAAAUCGACCAAGCCACAUUCUGGUCGGACUCCACAACGGUUUUGAGAUGGAUCAACUCUCCACACUAUCGAUUUCAUGUUUACGUUGGAAACCGAAUAGGCGAAAUAUUGGAGCUGUCCGAAAGUAGUCAAUGGCGUUAUGUCCCUACAACUCAAAACCCAGCAGACGACGUCAGCCGUGGCGUCACAUCUACAGAAUUUUCCAUCGAGCAUCGUUUCUUUACCGGACCAUCUUUCCUCUAUCAAUCACCGCAAAACUGGCCGGCCUUCCCCGAUGUAAAACAGGGAAUUGACGAAACAGAGGAUCCCGAAGUUCGCUGUACGAGAUGGGUUGGUGCGACACUACACGUAACCGAUUCCAUUGACCGGCUCACCACGUACACCUCCCGCUAUCCGUUUUUAGUCGGCGUCGUCGGCUACGUCAAACGUUUCAUUAAUAAUGCUCGGAAUGAAAAAACCCAUCGUGAUUUCGGCAAACUAUCGGAAACCGAGGUCAAGAAUGCAGAAGCGGAAUUGUUUAGGCGCGCCCAGAUGUCUGCCUUUCCUGAAGAUUACAGUAAUAUAAGGGAGGGAAAGCAGCUCGAUCCUGGUUCAAGCCUAAUCACGUUAACGCCAUUCGUCGACCAUCAAGAAAUUUUACGGGUCGGAGGACGUAUUGAAAAUGCUCCAGCCCCACCGGAAGCUCGCCAUCCGAUCAUACUCCCAGCCGACGAAAAAAUCACGGAAUUGCUGAUUUAUAGUUUCCACCUCGAAUUCGUACAUUCCACUACAGAGAGAACCUUUCACGAAUUACGUAAACUCUACUGGAUUCAACGCGGACGAAAAACGGUUAGUAAAAUUAUAAACAUGUGUUUCAAAUGCAAGCAACACUACGCAAAGGCACUUUGCCCAAUGAUGGCCGCUCUUCCCGGUUACCGUCUGAAGCCUUUCUACCCCGCCUUUACACAAACCGGAGUAGAUUUCUUUGGCCCGUACAACGUAACGAUAUUCAGACGGAAGGUAAAACGCUGUGCCUGUUUAUUUACUUGCAUGUCAUCAAGAGCCGUGCACCUGGAAAUGUCGUGCUCUCUUGACACUUCCUCCUUCAUCAACUGCAUCAGUCGCUUCGAAGAUCGCCGUACAACCCCGAAACAUUAUCACAGUGAUAAUGGCACAAACUUUGUUGGAGCUGUGCGUGAAUUUUCCGAGUGUCUCCGUCGGAUGGAACAGCUAGCCAUUCAAGAUGGGCGAAAACGAAGAACGGUGACUUGGAGUUUCAACCCACCUUCCGCGCCACAUUUUGGUGGAACCUGGGAACGUCUAGUUUAA